CCCUUAUCUCCCUACGGCAUAGUGGGUGUACGUAUCCUCCUGCCCCAGGCCCUGUCGAGGGGAGCUCUGCUGGGCUUCAGCCGCGAGCCUUGUCCCAUCUACACCGCUUCCCUCAGCGUCCAGCCUGUCCCCCAGCCUGCUGCUGGCUCUUGCUGCUGUCCCCAGCCUCUCCCCCGAGGGCUCAGCAAGGGCUGGCAGUGCUCAGCUCCCGCCCUGGUGAUCUGGCCUGAUCCCAGGCCUGUCCCCUCGGGAAGGCUGCACCUGCAUGGUGCCUCAGCUCAGAGGCUGCCCUCUGUGGUUUGCCGGGCUCCCGGAGCACAGCCCCCUUCCUGUGUUUGCGGGAGGGAGAACAGCCUUGGAAAAAGGUGCUGGGAUAUAACCAUGGAAACGGCAAGCCUGCACAGAGCUGCCUCUGUCUGCAUGGCAAAGGGCUGUCCGCACCCGCUGGCUGCCAGCGUGGUUCUGACGUGGCAGUCAUCUGCUUCGGGACAAAGGAGUGCUUCAUCCUCCAGCGCUUCUUUCCACGGGCCACUUAAACACUGUUGUAGGAAUUCUGUGCCUGACUUCCACUUGGGAGGUGGCUUUUCUUAGAAGGCUUUAGUAAGAUCAACUCAGUGUUUUGAUGACCUAUGACCAUGUAGAAAUCACCUUCAGUGAUCUGGAGCCAAUGCCAGAGGCCUUCAAGGGCACCAAGAAAGGGAGCGUGUUCCUGACUCCCUACCGGGUUAUCUUUGUGUCAAAGGGGAAGGAUGCUAUGCAGUCAUUUGUGAUGCCCUUUUAUUUGUUGAAGGAUUGUGAGAUCAAGCAGCCAGUGUUCGGAGCAAAUUACAUCAAGGGCACAGUGAAAGCAGAGGCAGGAGGUGGCUGGGAAGGAUCUGCCACAUUCAAGAUGACCUUUUCAGCUGGGGGUGCAAUUGAAUUUGGGCAGCGGAUGCUGCAGGUGGCAUCACAAGUCUCCAGAGGUGAAAUACCCAGUGGAGCUUAUGGCUAUUCCUUCAUGCCAAAUGGAUCCUAUGCUUUUGCACCACCUGCAGCUAAUGGGGGCUAUCCAUAUCCACCUCCCCCUCCAGACUUUUAUCCUGGUCCUCCUGCAGCAGAUGGAAACAUGGGCUACAUGCAGCUUCCACCCCCACCAUACCCAGGGCCCAUGGAGCCCCCUGUCAGUGGGCCAGACCUGCCCUCCACUCCUGCAGAGUUCUCUGUGUGUCCCAAACCUGUCACUUCUCUCCCUGUGACAGCUGAAGCCAAGGCUGCUGAAGCUGCUGCCAGUGCUUACUACAGCCCAGGCAACCCCCACAAUGUCUACAUGCCCACGGACCAGCCACCCCCUCCUCCAUACUACCCACCAGAGGACAAGAAAAACCAAUAAGCUGACACAGACCUCCUCCAUGACCCAUUGCUUUCCUUUUUUCCAUUUUGGCAGCAUUCUGUGGCACAGUCCAUAGCACUGAUGAGUAGAACCUUCCCCCAAAGCACACUGCUUGCAGGGGCUCUAGGAGUAGGUCUGUGCAGAGUAAGGGGAGGGAUUUUGGCAGCCUGGGUCACCUGUUGAGCUCUGAGGAUUUGCUGUCCUGCAGCAUUCCCUCCUCCCUGUGCAUGGCAUCGCUACACCUGGAGGUUCUCUUCGUCUCUGACUGCUUCCCUUUGUUCUGUUUCUUUUGAUACUUAUAGCAUACCUCUUUAGAGUCAGCAUCUGCUCUAAACUGCUAAUUAACAUGAUCAUGACAUGGAAACAAAGCUCUUGGGGGUGGGAGGUGUCUUGAAUUUACCUUAGUGUUUAUCCAAGAGCACCUCUGGACACAGGGAUGCCUCUGGUUAUUCUUUUUAAUCCAGAGUGUCACAUCCAAUUCUGCUCUUGAGAAAGGCCUUCAAAGGCAGCCUUUGGGAUCUCAAAGGAAGUACUCACUUAUGACAUUUUUCUGAUAUAUAUUCUUGGCUUUUUUGUUGUUUUUUUUUUUUUUUUAAUCUAAGUAAUUCCUGACAAUCAUAGUAAAUAAUCAAAUUUCCCUGCUGCUUACCAUGUAUGACAAUGCUGACCAAUUUCCCUUCCUCACAUGUGCUGUUCUUCACAGGGUUCUCCAGUAGCAUCUGACCAGUUUAGAUCCCAUAGGAACAUAAAUAUUUCUGCAGUCUCUAUUUUCCAGUUAGGUAUAUGAGUUCACUAAGUCCUGAACAUUCUCCUCAUAGUCUGUAAUGCACUUUUUUUUUUCCUUUGUAACACAAGUUACACUUCUUGGCCAGUGAAGCAUCUUCCUGCUGUGAUUUACCUGGUGAAUUAACAGCUAAUGGGCAGAAAGCAGUUGCUUUACUUCUGCCCUGGAAGUACUUGAGAGAAUAUGCAAAACAUUGGAAUAAGCUGUAAGGUACAGAGUGUUAUUUAUUGUUGUUUGUGUUCCUGGUCCAGCUGUGAAUUCCCAGUCACCCAAACGUGGACUCCUCAUAGCAUUGAUUCCUUGGUCUCAUUAGCAACAGCUCCAGUGCAGAACCUGUGCAGGACUGAUCAGAAUGUGGGCUGUGACACUUCUGCAUUGUACAAAGCUGUGACAAGUGACACUGCAGUGACUUCUGACAGCUGAGAGAGAAAAUGCUUCCCGGCAAAGUGUGGCAGAAGGUCCUGUGCUGUGGAACUGCUGAGACUUGCUGCAUGCAGCCUGCUCGGAGAGAAACAAGGUCCACCUCUUGUUUUGUUUUUCUUUAACUGAUUAAUGAAAUUGCUCCUGUUUGUGCACUGACUUUUCUAGAAUUGCUACUGCGGUGAUGUAAAGAAAUCGUUAUUUAAAAAAAUAUAUUUAUUUUGAAAGCAUUUGAUUAAUAUAUUAAUGUGAAAUGACUUUUGAAUGCAGAUUUGUUUUGCCAAGACUGUGAAGUAAAGAGAAAUCAGCUCAUGA